GUUGUUAGAAGACCUACAGUGACCUUGUUUUUAAAUGAGUGUCUUUUUCGCGCCUCGAGGUUUAAAAUGUAAUUUAAAACAACAACUCCCGGCGAAUAGUGACUUAACAAAUGAACAACUCUUAUUAUUACAUAAUAUAUUUGGUGAUUUAAUCAUGAAAGCAUUAUUGAUUAUUGAAUGUGGUUCAAUUACUAUUGAACGAUCAAAAUCAUCUCAGCAUCAACUAUUUCGAGUAGAAUCAGGUUCUGGUCCGGUUAGUUACUGUUCAAAUUACACACGUUAUUGUCGUUGUUUUAACACAGUACAGAAGUAUAUUAAUCCUUUAUAUGAAUUAUGGUGUGAACAUAAUCUUGCUAUAUUUCUAGCUGAAAUUAUGGUUUGUCGAUCUUUAGAAAUGUUGUAUAGCAGAGAUAUCACUAGUACUAAUGCUUCCGUUGUUGAAAGUUCCAGUUAACGUUUUCAUCUUAUAUGUAUUGCUCUUUAUUGGAAAAUAAACAGAUUUUUUUUUCG